AUGACUAGAAAGACAAGUAUUUAGAAACGGAGGGAGUAAUAAUGAAAAAUGGUACAACUUUGGCACUGUAUGAAGGGCAAGUUUGCAAAUUCCAAACUUGGGAGGUACGUGAGUGCAAUAGUUCCAGUGAACUGAGGAAUUCCUCUGCGUUCUGCGACGACCCCCAGCCCAAAAUUGGGGCAGAAACCCAGUCCCCGUCGAUCCGAAUCCCCCGAAAUUCCGGGAUCGGAACCCUAGCCCAUCCCGAAUCCCAUCUCCGGCCCAAUGCUUCCCGCCGGCGACGGCUCGUCCGCCGCCGUCGCCGCCCUCUCUUUCACCGAUGCGGACGGCGACGACUACUCCGAGGACGGGGACUUCACCGGCGCCCCGUUCCUCGAACCUCCCGAUCCGAGCCUCCCCGACCCCACCUCCUCCUCCGCCACCGCCCUGCUCCCCGCGGGUGGAAGCGGCGGCCAGGCCUCGUCGGGCGGCGAGCGGCGGCCCCUCUUCCAGCGCCUCUGGACGGAGGAGGACGAGAUCGUGAUCCUCCGCGGGUUCGCGGAGUUCACCGCCGCCCGCGGCACGGCGUUCGCGUCGCACCAAUACGACACGGACCCGUUCUACGAGGAUAUGCGCCGCCGCCUCCAGCUCGACUUCUCCAAGAGCCAGCUCGUCGAGAAGCUCCGCCGCCUGAAGCGCAAGUACCGCAACUGCGUCUCCCGCCUGCGCGGGUCCGGCGCCGCCUUCUCCUUCCGCUCCCCGCACGAGCAGGCCAUUUUCGAGAUCGCGCGCAACAUCUGGCGCCCCACGAAUAAGCACGGCCGGGAUCCCUCGGCCGACUCCGACGACGAAGAAGCUGUGGUUGCCGCUGCGGCGGUGGCUGCCACACCUGUCCCUGCGAACACCAGCCCCAAUGGGGAAGUCAAGUCCCCCUCAGGGCGGCAGCGCCGCCGUAGACGUUCGGUGGAAUCAGCAGCUCCAUCUGCCCCUGCAGCUGUCCCUGCCACCAUUUUGGUGCAGCCCCCUCAGCCAGUGCAGGUGCAGGUACCCGUGUCAGUCCCUGUCAAGAUGGAUGACUCGCUACCAGCACUGCCCCAGGCUCCAAUGCCUGUGACAGUGACCAUGGAGGGUUCCGAGCCACUCAGGUUUCCAGUCAUGUCACCUCAGUCAGGAAUUGUCGAUGUCGAGAAGAAUUUUCUGACGCCUAUGUUUAAGGAGAUGAUUCACGCAGUGAUAAAUAUGGGAUCCAGUCCGUUUGGUAUGAAACUUCCUGAGCCGCCACACGGCUUGCCUAUGGAAGGGGAGAAAUGGAGAAAUCAGCGAAUCCUGGAGCUGGAAGUGUACUUGAAGCGGAUCGAACUGCUGCAGGACCAGGUGAAGGCGACACUUGAGGAGCUCAAGUCCUCCACACCUAGGACUUGAGGUUUUUUUAAGUUAGGAACUGAUACGGUGUCUCUCAUUAUAGAAUUCUUGCUACAAAUCUGAGGUUAGAUGUUUAGUGUUUUUCCUCAACAUUUUCUCGUGCAUAAAAGGACAUUGUUGACUGGGUUGGGACUUGGAAACUAGUUUAUUCAUGGUUCUAA